GUGGGUCUGUUGCUGUGGCAACGCCAAUGGGCUUGGUAGCGUUGCCGUGCGGCGUGAUGUGUGCGCAGCGCGAGCAGCUGCUGAUCAGACUCUCACUCACUGAAGCGCCUCGUCGGAGAUCGGACCGCUCCGCAUGAAUCAGUUUCUGGUUUAAUGGGUCCAAUCAUUGGGAUGUCACCGGAUAAGAAAGCCGAAUCCCCAGGCCUGCUGGAGGAGCAGGCCGGCCUGCGCGGAGUUUGCGGGACGCUGCCCGAAGCCGAAUGUGCCGCCAGCCCACUGGCCACCAGUCUGGACUGCACCUCCAGCUCAGGAGAUGAAGAACUGACCAACCUCAACUGGCUUCACGAAAACCUCCUACAGAACUUCACGCUAGGAGGACCUGAGGCGCAGUCAAGCCAAGGCCCACUUUUUGACAUCGAGGGCAACAAUGAAAACCACGGAAUUUCCUCAGCAGGCUCAAACGGAGACUCUGUAAAGUCCAAACCGCCGUUUUCCUUUUCCCUGCUCAUAUACAUGGCCAUCGAACAAUCACCAAGCAAAUCUCUGCCAGUGAAAGACAUCUACGGCUGGAUUUUGGAGCACUUUCCGUAUUUCUCCAGCGCCCCCACUGGCUGGAAGAACUCGGUGCGGCACAACCUGUCCCUCAACAAGUGCUUCCGCAAGGUGGAGAAGAGUCUUGGGAAGGUAAAUGGGAAGGGUUCUCUGUGGUGCGUGGACCCUGAAUACAGGCCCAAUCUGAUCCAAGCCCUGAGGAAACAGCACUUUCCUACAGCCCACUCCUUCUGCACCCCCCCUGCCUCCCCACCCAGUGCCUUUUCACCUGCACGACACCUCUUCCUCCAGACCUGCUCUCUUAAAGAGUCGGACAUUGAUGCCGCCACAACCAUGAUGCUGUUGAACUCGGCCCCUGGACAUCACAGUGACCCGUGUGACCCGGACAGCCCCAUAGACCUCUCGCGUCCCGACUCGGUCCUGGUAAGCAGCGAUCCAAAGCAGGACCACAACUACAGCAGCUCCACCUUCCAGCGCUGCUCGUCUCGCUCUUCCUCGUCCUCCUCUUCCUCUCUGUCCUCCCUGGACGAGGCGGCCUGCGACUCCAGCCAGGGACGGCGCGCAGGCAGCGAGGGUUUCCAUAGCGAUGAAGAUUCGGAGGAGGAGAGGAGCUCGCGACCGCCUUCGCUUCCCGUACGCCGCCCGCUCACCAUCAAGUGCCCCGUUCCGGGUAAGCGGGCGCGUCGCGAAUCCAAACCGGAGUUGGACGAGGAGCUAAAGGAAGCGGCCGGAUCGCUCCUACACCUGGCCGGGAUCCGUCCCGGUCUGGAUCUCUCGAAGCGAGCGGCCAAGAGCAAAAAACUGGAAAAGCAUCAAAAUAAAGCGGCGAGUAACCCUCAGUGACCUUGGAUGACUGUGCCUCCUUGUUUCGGAUCAUUUAAAGCCUGAAUUUCCCUCCUCGAUUCAAACCACGGCAAUAGAACCUCUCUCACGGAGGAGAACGAAGCCAUAAUUUAAAGCGAAUAUGGAGAAUAACUUCAGAACUACACGUGCUUCAGGAUUCUUCUCAGAUGAAAACAAAGGGAGGGGCUUUACAGGGCAAGAUCGAUGUUAUUUUCAACGAAACAUUUGCAUGCUUCCUCUUUAACCGAGUGCUCUACUCUUCCAAGUGAAUCUGUGUUAUUUCUACAGAGAAUGGAGUGCAUGUCUGUGAUAUUUGAAGCACUAAAUCUGUCCAUACGCUUCACAAGAGAGUCACAUGUACAGGACACUGUUGUUUUAAAGAACAUCACAAAGAAAUGCAAUAAUUCUCAUCUGGCGGCUGCCAUCAGGUUUGUUUAGUUUCUUUAGAGGAGCUGGGUGCCGUUUGGAUGGUCGUGGUCUACUGAUGAUGAUGAUGAUGAUGACGAUGAUUAUUAGGAUCAGUCACUGGUGAUGAAGCGGGCAGGUCACAUUUUGCAGCAAAAUUAAACGAAAUUUCAGCAUCAGGAUAGUUUUGCACUAUGAUGAUAUUUUCAUGACACUUAAACACUUAAAGUUGUUUACACUGCAAAAAAUGACGUUCUUACUUAGUAUUUUUGUCUGGUUUUGAGUAAAAAUAUCUAAAAAUUAUUAAAUUAAGA